AGGCGGCAGUGGCUCCGCUUCCCGUCCCUCCUCCCCCGGCCGGCGGCGCGUGCGAGCGCUGAGAGGACGAAGCGGCGGCGACGCGACGCGUGGGGCCAGGCCAGGCUGAGAGCUACGCGGGGGGACCCCCGAGGAGCCAUGCGGGGGACCCCAGCUGCCCUCUUCUGGCCGUGGCCGAAGCUGGCGUUGCUGCCGGUGGUGGGUUUUCUGCUGUGCCGAGGUACGCGUCCCCAGGGCAGCACUGGGCCACUGCAGUGUUAUGGAGUGGGCCCCUGGGGAGACCUGAACUGUACCUGGGAGCCUCUUGGGGAUUUGGGGAGCCCUUCGGUGCUGCACCUCCAAAGCCAGAAAUACCAUUCUAACAGAACCCAGAAGGUGGCAGUGCCAGCUGGGCAGCACUGGGUGACCAUUCCCCGGGGACAGCUCACCACGGCUGACAAACUCCUGAUCUGGGGGACCCAGGCCGACCAACCUCUUUGGCCCCAAGUCUUCGUGAACCUAGAAACACAAAUGAGACCUGAUGCCCCUAAUCUCCACCCCGAUGUGGUAUUUUCGGAGGACCCACCCCUGGAGGCCUUUGUGCAGUGGGCACCACCGCCAUGGCCCCCCCACAAGGCUCUGACCUGUCAGUUCCACUACCGAAGUCAGGAGAUGAACUGGACCCUGCUGGAGCCUGAACUAAAGACCAUUCCACCGAGCCCAGUUGAGAUUCAAGACCUUGAACCGGCCACCAGCUACAAUGUAUCUGGGCGCUGCAGAGUGGAGGAAGCAGAUCUGUGGGGCCCUUGGAGCCUCGUCCUCUCCUUCCAGACCCCGCCCUCUGGGCCCAAGGAUGUAUGGGUAUCUGGGAACUUGUGUGAGCCGAGGGGCGCCCAGGAACCCCUGCUUCUGUGGAAGGCCUCUGGCCUGUGUGCAGAGGUGAGCUACACAGUCUGGUUCUGGCUGGGAAAGAAGAAUGUGAGUCAGGAAGGCGUUUCCUGUUGUAAGCUCCCUGUCCCUACCUGGGCAGAGUGGGCAUCGGUGGCUGCUGCCAAUGCCAUUCCCUGGGCACCGCUCACCAAUCUCUCUCUGCUCUGCUUGGCUCCAGAAUCUGCCCCUCGUGGCGUGAAGGUCAGGGGCAUUGCCAGGGGCACGGAGCUCCUCGUGACCUGGGAGCCAGGAAUUGGGGAGGCAUCAGAGUUUGUGGUGGACUGGUCUCCAGACGGUGACCCACAGGAGAACCUCAGCUGGAUCCGUCUGUCUCCGGAUAGCUUCCGCGCUGUACUGCCAGGAAAUUUCGAAGGAGGCGUCCCCUACCAGAUCAGGGUCACAGCCAUCUCUCCAGAGGGCUUGGCCCCAGCCCCUGCAGUCUGGGGGUUCAGAGAGGAACUAGCACCACUAGUGGGCCCAGCACUUUGGCGACUCAGAGAUGACCCCCCAGAGAUUCCUGCGGUAGCGUGGGGAGAGGUCCCGAGACCCCUGCUCCGGGGCCGCCUCACCCAUUAUACCUUGUGUGUGCAGGGCGGGACAAGCACCCCCAGCACCUACUGCAUGAAUGUGAGCAGCAGCACCCAGACUACCACUCUUCCUGACCUUCCCUGGGGUCCCUGCGAGCUGUGGGUGACUGCUUCCACCAAGGGGGGACAGGGCCCACCUGGGCCCAGUCUCCGCCUUCACCUGCCAGAUAACACCCUGAAGUGGAGGGUUCUGCCCAGCGUCCUCUCCCUGUGGGUUUUGCUCCUGCUUGGCUGUGGCCUGAGCCUGGCUGCCUCUAGAAGGUGUCUCCACCUGCGACACAAGGUGUUGCCCCGCUGGGUCUGGGAGAAGGUUCCAGAUCCUGCCAACAGCCAUUCUGGCCAAGACCACAUCAAGGAGGUGUUCCAGUCCCAGCCUCCCCAGGACCUGCCCAUCCUGGAGGUGGAAGAGAUGGAGCCCCCACCAGUCAGCAGGCCCCCCCAGGCCUCCACUCCGCUUCACUCGGGAUACGAGAAGCACUUCCUGCCUACGCCUGAGGAGCUGGGCCUUCUGAGGACCACCAGGGUCCAGGUGUCGGCCUGAGCCUACAGUUGGGGGCCUGCAGGUUCCCUGGGUGCCGGACAGGCAGCAUCCCGCCUCCCUUGCAGCUAUGCCCUGAACGGAGGUCUCCACAAAGUGGUGAAGUGGUGG